AUGGCCUCGCUGCCCGGCGGUGCCGCCAUCUCCACGAACCAGCAGCGUAACAUGCGCGCCUGCAUGGUCUGCUCCAUCGUUCGCACCCAGCAGCAGUUCAUGUCAUACGGCUGCCCGAACUGCGAAGAGAUCCUCGAGAUGAUCGGCAACUCGGAGCAGGUCAACGAUUGCACAUCACAAGUCUUUGACGGCCUGAUAAGCGUGGCAGACACAAAGAGGAGCUGGGUAGCCAGGUAUCAGCGGCUCGAGGGAUACGUGCCUGGCGUGUACGCGACUCAGGUCGAGGGCAUUCUACCAGAGGAAGUCAUCGCGGCUGUGGAGAGCGCGGGUAUCAACUAUGUGCCCAGGGAUGGCAGCGAGCAGGACAUGCUUCCAAAGGACUGA